AUGUUUCUCUUCGACUGGUUCUACGGUGUGCUCGCUUCCCUCGGUGUGUGGCAGAAGGAGGCCAAGAUCUUGUUCCUAGGGCUCGAUAAUGUCGGCAAGACCACCUUGCUUCACAUGCUCAAAGAUGAAAGGCUGGUGCAUCAUCAACCUACGCAAUAUCCCACAUCCGAGGAGUUGAGUAUUGGCAAAAUCAAGUUCAAGGCCUUUGAUUUGGGAGGUCAUCAGAUUGCUCGCAGGGUUUGGAAGGAUUACUACGCAAAGGUAGAUGCUGUGGUGUACCUUGUGGAUGCCUACAAUGGUUUUAAGUGGCUCUCUCAAUACAUUAAGUAG